ACGCAGCCAUGGCCGCCGGGCUGGUCCUGCGCUGUGCGGGCUGCCCCGAGUGGGAUGGCGGAGCACACAUGAAUGUUGGAGUGGCCCACAGUGAAGUGAAUCCAAAUACCUGUGUCAUGAACAGCCGGGGGAGGCGGCCGACCUGUGCAUUGGGAGUUGGCUUGCUUCAUAUUGUCUUACUCACCAUUCCCUUCUUCAGUGUUCCUGCUGCUUGGACCUUAACAACUAUUAUACAUAACUUGGGGAUGUAUGGAUUUUUGCAUGCAGUGAAAGGAACACCUUUUGAAACCCCUGACCAGGGUAAAGCAAGGCUCCUAACUCAUUGGGAACAACUCGACUGUGGAGUACAGUUUACAUCUUCACGGAAGUUUUUCACAAUUUCUCCAAUAAUUCUAUAUUUUCUGGCAAGUUUCUAUACGAAGUAUGAUCCAACUCACUUCGUCCUACAUACAGCUUCUCUUCUGAGUGUGCUUAUUCCCCAAAUGCCACAACUACAUGGUGUUCGGAUCUUUGGAAUUAAUAAGUAUUGGAAUGGUUUGCAAAAACAAACUGCUUGCAGCUACUGAGGUU